AAUUUUCAAUAUGGCGGCUGAAAGCGGUGGGAGCAAAGAACCAACUCAAAGCGAAUUUACUGCUUGUUUGAAACAAUUCAUUUCACGUUUAGAGCCAGAACUUAAAGCAGCAGGAUCAUUAGCUGCUGCAGAAGAUUAUCUAACACAUUUAGAAGCGAGAGACGAAAUUUUUCAUCGUUAUGAGUUUGUUCGUCAACUACGGAGUCUCAUCAAUACAGCAUUACUACCUGUUGUGGCAAAUGAGAUGGAGAAACGGGCAGUGGGUGGAGUUGAUUGCACUAAUUACAUCCCUUUAAUUAUUGAAGAAUUAUUAGUUUCUCAAGAAUACUCCACAUUGUCUCAGUCAGUUUUAGAAAGUGUUAAGGCUACUGUUAAUGAAAUGACUCAAAGUUUUGAUGAAUCAUCAAAGCAUCAAAUGUGGACAGAUGAAUACAAUGAAUAUUGCGGAAAAUAUCUGUCAGAUACCAUUGAAGAAGAAUCGUCACUAUCAUCAUCUGGCAAGAUGAGUUAUAUGUUUAUGCCACAUGAAAAGUUGCGAACUAUCUCUCAAAAAUUGGAUAUGUCACAAUCAGUCGAGACACGAUAUCAGGUGCUUAUGAUGUUGUCUCAAAUUCCUCAGUCAGAUGUUGUUACCAGUGAACACUGGAGUUCCUUAAAGAAAUGUCUUGGUCUUGCUCUUGGUGAUGAGAAUGACAGAAUCUCGGAUAUCAGCCUCAAACUCCUCUCAAAGAUGCAUAUAAUUAACAAUGCACAUGCGACAUGUGAGGUGUUUACUUGUCUUACUAACCAUCUAACGAGCAUUUUUCAAGACAGUAAUCAUGCACAAGGACAGCUUGACGACGGAUUAAAUGUGGCGAAAAAGAGUAAUGAAAAAAUGGUGAAAAAAUUUCGAUUACUCUGUGAAUUUCUUCACGAAAUUCCAUCAUACUGGGUCAGGUAUCCGGAAAGAUUUGUGGGAGAUAUUCUUGAAAGCUCGAUAUCUCUUUUGAGCUUAGGUAACAACCAUUUUGGCCUUUCUUCGUUCAAUGCUAUUAUAUCUCCACUGCAUUAUUUGGCUCUCUUGGAUCCGAAGGCUUCCUGGUUUAAAAAAUGGAUGCAUGGAUACUACAGCCGAAAACCUGUCGUGGAACAACUCAAGCGCCAUCCCAACCUGCUCAUCGAUACGAUCCAACAUUGUCUGGAGUUUGCAUCAAUCAGCAAGAGUCUCUUGCCAUUCGAUGUGCUAGAAGAUGAUGAUGAAUAUGUAGAAAUGCCAUUCGAAACAGAAUCAAAGAAAAAAGAUAGUAAUUAUAGUUACCAGCAACUUGAUUACAUCUACUUUGUGCACUCGUUGUGUUUGCUUGGUCGUUUACUUCUUUAUAAAGAUUCACGUGAAUUAUUUCCAGUUUCUCUACCUAAUACUGACGAUGAUGUAUCCACUACCGAUCUUGUGGUUGCGUUUAUUGAAAUAAUGUCCGCUAAUUAUCCAAAUUUUACUGAUUCUUAUCAUCCCGGAGAACUUGUUGUUGGUGUUUUAAAAGAGAUUGCAUCAGACAGUGUCGCUAGUCAAGAGUUGCUUUGUAAGGACAGUGUCGCAAAUGCAUUAUUGUUACCUCUUCAAACAUAUUUGGAAGGAAUUGCUGAGGUGGAUGAAGAGUCUUCAGACUUGGAUAAGAAUACCCUUCUUUAUGUUGCUGACGUUCUUGCGUGUUUGGCCGCGUCCGAUUGCGGAAGACGUCUUCUUUUGUAUGGUGAAAAGCAUGAUAGAUGGCAACGAAAUAGAUUGGCACCAGCUCAUGUUAUUAUUGAGUUUACAAAAAAGGCUCUUAAUGGCCAGUUGCCUGGAAAAGUGACGUUACCUCAUAUGUCUGUUAGUGCGUUUGUGUUCGUGUGUAGACAGUUGUACAAUGGUUGUGAAGGAUUACUUGUCACCAGUCAUUAUGGUUUACAUCAAUGUAUAGCAGACGCUUGGAGAUCGUCGUGCACUGGUGAAUAUUCAGUUGAAGAUGAUAUCCGUGAUGAAAGUCGGUCUAUCCUACCGACGUGCCUCAUAGACAAUCUUCUCAAUUUUGCUGGAACCCCUAAAGGUGUGUUGCUUUUACAACAAUCUGGUGCAAUGAUUGAAUGCGUUUCAUAUAUGUACGAAAGAUACAAAAAGAAAUUGCAGGUCAGCAAAUGUGAAAAGUUUGGUUACGGUGUGAUGGUCACGCAGAUCGCUGCAACUUGUCCAGGCAUUGUAGCUUUAGAGACAUCAGGGUUUGUAACCAGUCUUCUGCAUGAUCUGUGGUUUUGUUUGGAGGGAGGAGAAGACGACAAUAAAAUAAUAUCACCCAGAAUCAAAGAGAAUGCCAUAGAGAAGACACUACACAAGGUCAUGUUGAACUUGUUAAACAUCCUGUCGUCAUUCCCUGCUGUUUUUGAACUGAUUGUGCAUCAACCUUUGUCAAGCACAUCACCGGAACUGCGUGAUGACAAUGUAUCCACAAGCAUCAAUAAAUAUCCAUAUCCAACCACCAUUGUGGAGAUAAUUGAACGCUUAGCAUUGAUAGAUUCGGAAGAUAAGGUCAGGCUGUUGCUGAAUUUUGAAGAAGCGCACUUAUAUGGGUUAAGAUUACUGAAUGUAAUGUGUUCCUCGUUGGAUACGUUUUUGCUUCUACAAACUCAGUAUAAUAUUCAAGAAGUCCUACUGCAACUUCAAGUCAAGAGCUUGUUACCUAGCAGUUCGGCGUUCGUCAUAGAUGCUUGUUCAAUGGAGCGCAAUCAUAUUCUUGUGAAAACAUAUUUUGUUGGUGGACCGACAGAAAGAAACUUGCCGCCAAGAACUUUAUCUGAUGAUUCUAACGAAGUGAGCUGUGUACCAAUGUUUUCAACAUACCCUCCUCCAUUAAAACCCUACAUCUUUACAGACUCACUUACGAAGCUCUGCAUUCAAGACGAUGAUCUCAGUCGACAUCUUCGCAGUGAAACUCCUCGCAAUGAAGAAUGGAGAGAGAAAUGCUGUCACAUGAUAAUUAAUGUACUCACCUCAACCGAGGGACGGCUAAAAAACAAAGUGCUUGGUAAUUUAUUGGAACAGCUGGUCGAUGUUCAGUCCAGUAAUCCAGAAGAAGCCAUAUUUCCACUCAUCGAUUUUUCAGGAAGUGAAACGAUCCUGAUGGGGGUAGAUUUGUCUGAACUGCAACAUCUUGGUGUCAAGCUUGCCAUUCGUUAUGGAAGUCACUUAAAGUUGAUUCAAUCAAAUGCGGAAAUCAGCAAUAACCUGGUUCUUCUUUUAAAAAAAGCUAAAUGCUUUCUCCAAGGACAGCAACACAAGUCGUUUGAAUCUUCCAUUAACUUUCUAAACGAUUAUUAUCCUGGUUUUGAUUGGUUCGCUUCAACCAUUUUCUUGAUCAUGUCUGGCGACGAAGAGAAAUCUUGGAAUUUCCUCUACAAAUUUUCUUGUCUAGUUUCUUCAGUUUACCUUUGGACUCCAAGACUUCAUGCCUCUGUACAUCUUCCAACGCCAUUAAUGGUUAGUGGUAUUCCUCCAAUAUAUUCUUCAGUUUGCCAUAACAUUGAGCUGGUGCUGCAGGCGGAGGUUCCACUGGUAUUUUCAGCAUUUAGAAUUUCCGGUUACACUCCUUCUCAGAUCUGCCAACACUGGUUAUCACAAUGUUUUUGGAAUUAUUUGGAUUGGGAAGAUAUUUGUUCGUACGUCAUCAUUUGUUUGGCAAUGGGAAUCGAUUACCAAGUUUACUUGUGUGUUGCCAUUUUUCAUCAUUUGCAAAGAGAUAUUCUUCUCGAAACACAACGUCAGAGUUUGGCUCUGUUUCUAAAGGAAAGCCCUAUCCUUAAUUUUGAAAUAUCAGAGUAUGUGGAGUUCAUGAUAGACCUGGAAAGACGUUAUCGCUCGAUAGUGCUUAAAGAUUUACAGAACAUCACAAAGGCUUGAUAUGGCAGUGGUUUAAAUUCAUGGAUUAAAUUGGAUCUCGCCUAUAGCCGAAGAAACAAUUCUUCGUAUUCAAUGUUGACUAUUCACACCUGAAGCAAAUGGAAACCUAUUUAUAUUUGUGCAUAAAAGUAAGACUAUAGAAUGAAUGUGUAAAUAUAGUGUAAAGUAUA